UCCUCACUCCUCAUCCUCUUGCUCCCUCCUCAAUCAUACUUUUGAAGCAAGAAACCCAAAUGAUUCCAGCUGCUCCCUCUCAAAAGAGCACUUCUCAUCGACUGAGAAGUCAGUCUAUUUAACACGAGAAAUUCCCCAAGUUAGAAGCCAUCCGGGGACAACUGCGGUUGUUUUAUCAUCACAACCCGUGUUAAACGCACCUUCCUUCCUGUGUGAUAAAGGGGCUCUUGUGACUCUGUUGAGCAGUCAUGUGUGCGCUGCUGCCGGCGUGGACGUGUCUUCUCUUCGGCCUCCUACCCCUGGAAACCCAGAGUCGGGCGCAGUUGAGCCAGAAUGUCCAGAGUACCAGACACAGACCUUCCAAAUGUUUCAAACACAUGGCACUGCCUACGUCAGAUUACGCCAUCGCCCUUGAUGACGCAGUCACCCUGGCAGAGAAUCGUUUUAUCUGGCGGGUCCUCAGGAUGAAGGAACCCUCGCCGAGGUGGUUUGAAAUGGAGGGGGAAGCAUGGCCAAGCGCACGGGGUAGGACCCGAGGACGUCGCCACGCCAAAAGUCGAAGGACCCACAGGCAGAUGAUGAGGGCGGGCUGUGUCCUGGGCACCUGUCAGGUGCAGAACCUCAGCCAUCGUCUCUAUCAGCUGAUUGGACGCAGAGGCAGGCAUGACUCCUCCCCCAUCGACCCUCGUAGUCCUCAUAGCUACGGCUGAGACUGGCAGUUUGUCUGUUUGGGAUUUCAUUCGUCACCAUAGACCUGCUGUCCAUUUUAUGUGACCUUAAUUUGACCUCAAAACUCUUCAAGGCACAUGUCCAACUGUGGAGCGUAUCGGUACUCGAUGCUGAAUUUGUUGUUCUCGAACAAGAAACUGAAUGGCAAAAUUCACAACUGCCGUUUAAACAGCCUUCCUCAGGAUGUUCUCGGAAGAAAAUGGACAUUGAGCUUAGAGUGUCAUCAGCAGGUUGCUACAAAAAGACUGAAGGAGUCACAGAAAGGCAUAGAUGGUCCAUUCAUGUAUUCAACCUGAGGCAUCCUAUAUUGAAACAUUGAACAGUUAGACAUGUGCAUUGACAGCGAAUGGCCGGCGACCAGUUCGGGGUGGACCCUGUCUUCAGGCGGUAGGCGGAGUACACCCUGAACUGGUUGCCAGCCAAUCGUAGGGCACACAUAGACGAAAAUAUAUUCCCGCUCACACCAAUUUUUUAUAACUUAAAAGUGUGUUUCAAUAAUCUGCCACGCAUGUUUUUGGAAUGUGGAAGGAAACCAGGACUACUCUGAGAAAACCCACGCAGGCACGGGGAGAACAUGCAAACUCCACAUCGAACUCCGCACCUCUGCACCGGGAGGCCGACGUGCUAACCAGUCACCCACAGUGUCGCCAAUUAAAAUGACCAUUCAAGGCUAAUUGAUUAAUUCAUUAAUAAAAGAUCCAGAUUAUGACAUAAAUUAUUACGUUAAAAACUCAUUUACGCAUGACCUUGCCUACUUGUCCAUUUUUAAAAUCAAAUGUGGCCUUUGAGCACAUAAAUGCUCUUCAGAUUGGGAAAAAUAAUAUUGUACCAGAUGGUUAUUCUACUUGAUUCCUAUUGGUGGCAGUAAUGCACAUUUGACCAUCAACUUUCAAAUAUUUCUGGAAAACAUACUUCGACAAAGAUACACAUAUAUCAAUGUUUAUUCUUUGUUACUGUACAGUACAUUACUUGUUUUGUUGUGACGUAUGACUGAAGAACUUUGGUGUCUUAACGGUCUUUCAAUAGAAAUAAUCAUACAAUAAUAACAAUGUCGACUGCCACACGCCCACAAGCAAGCCCCCCCCCCCCCCUCUCCAACAGGUGGUCACUUCCCCACUUGAACCCAAUGCAAGUUACGUUUUGCCAGAUCUUCACCCAAAUUGUUCUUCCUUGACUCAUGUGACAACUGUGUUAACUAAAUAACUGCGGUGGCAACGGUUUUCAUGCUAGGAGAAGGUAUUGCUCAAUUUGACAUUUUGUCGUUUUAGACUAGUUAGUUGAACCUCAAGUUGUGCCUUUGACUUUCUAACAACAAGCCACGCAAGCAGCCAAAAGUACCAUCCGUUCACUGACAACUACCGUAAUCGAAAGAGAAUGGAAUUUCCAAUGGAAAACAUUUUUACUGCAACUCGUGGAAGGCUUCCCUUUUUGCUUUAACUGAAUGAUUUUCCAGGCCUGAACACUGUCUGCUUUUGAUGUCUUUUAAUUUAAGCAUGGUGGAUUAUUCAAGUGAUAUUUGAGGUGAAAAGUUACAAGGCAAGCACUGUAUUGAUUCUCGUAUUGAGUAUUCCUGUUACGAAAGAUGUUCUUUUUUCUUAAUACAGAGCUAGCAUUGUGUAAUAAACAAGU